AUGCGUUCAGUAGUUUUAUUGUUCUUGACACUAACAGCAGCUGUGCAUUGUUGGGAUGACGGCGACUUGGAGGUAUUUGACGUGGUGGAAGAAGUAAACCAGAAUUUUUAUGAACUCAUGGGAGUCAAACAGGAUGCACUGCCUGCUGAAAUAAAGUCUGCUUUCAAAAAACUUACAUUGAAGCUGCAUCCUGAUAAAAAUGAUUCACCCGAUGCCGAUGUCCAAUUUCGGAAUCUAGUGUCUGUUCAUAAUAUCCUCAAAGAUCCAGGAAAGAGAGAAAAAUACAAUGAUGUUCUUAAGAAUGGGUUACCAAAUUGGAGAUCUGCUGUGUACUAUUAUCGGCAUGUACGAAAGAUGGGUCUUGCCGAAGGUUCUAUAAUUCUAUUUAUCAUAAUAACAUUUGGACAAUAUGCUGUUGGUUGGGCAGCUUAUGCUGAAAAGAGAUAUACUGCUGAGCAAAUAUUAAAUAGCAGAGGUAAAAAGCAUUCAAAGAAAUCAGGAUUUGAUGCUGGCCUUGCAGAAAUAUUAGAACAAUUACCAAAACCCAGUAUUAAGGAUACAUUACCAUUCCAAAUACCGCGGUGCAUCUGGUGGUCUAUUACUGCUAUACCACGAGGUAUCAUUGAAUUUAGAAGAAUGAUGAAGGAGAAAGAGGAAGAAGUCAAGAGGCAAAAGAAGAAGGAAGAAGAAGACCGUGCUCGGGCGGCCCGCGAGGCGGCGGCAGCGGAGGCGCGCGCGGCGGCGGGCCCCGUGCGGCGGCGGCGUGGGUUCGAGCCCCCGCCCGCCCGGCAGGGGUGUCUACUGGACCCUGCCGAUGAGCCAGACGGACCAGUAGUAGUGCCCGUCAAGUCUGCUGCACCUCCCGUAAUAUCAGGAGGGCUUUGGACUGACGAUGACUUAGCAGAGCUAGUAAAACUGGUUAAGAAACACCCGGGCGGCAGCAGCGAGCGAUGGGAACGCAUCGCUGAAGCUAUGGGUCGUAGUGUGCCCGAGGUCACGCAUAUGGCGCACAAGUUAAAGGACAACUGUUACAAGAUACCAGGACAGGAGGAACAAGACCAGCCGCCACCGGAACAACCUAAAAAGGUGAAGACCCGUAAGAGUGACGAGGGCGGCGGCGGCGGCGCGUGGUCCCAGGCCCAGCAGCGCGCGCUGGAGGCGGCGCUGCACAAACACCCGAAGGGCGCCGCCACCGACCGCUGGGCCAACAUCGCCGCCGCCGUGCCCGGCAAGACUAAGGAGGAGUGUAUGCAGAGGUAUAAGUAUUUAUCAGAUAUGCUCAGAAAGCAGAAACAGAAGGAGGAAGAAGAUCUACAUGGCAAAGAAGAGAACGAGCAAAGCGAAGACUGCAGCACGAGAAACGGUGACGUCACCACCUCGUAA